AUGGCGCAAUUAGCACCGCAGACGAUCCAGAGGGAUCCUCAAUUAUUCUACUGGAUCCUGUUUCCCAUCACGGUGGUGAUGAUUUUGACCGGCGUCUUGCGACACUAUGCGACAGUAUUGAUGGCCUCUGCCCCCAAGAAACUGGAACAACCAGCACUCAAAGAGCAGCGCUCCCUCGUCCACGGCAUCGCGGUCCGGUCCAACUUCCAUGCUCUGACUGGGCCUUCUUUCAAGGCUCGCCGCGAGGCCCUCACCACCGCAUACGAGUCUGGUGCCUACCUCAAGGAUCCCGAGCGUCGGGGACAGCCCCCUGCCAACCCGAUGACGGACCCUGGUGCCAUGGACGGCAUGAUGGGCAUGAUGAAGAACAACAUGGCCAUGAUCAUCCCCAAUACUCUCAUCAUGAGCUGGAUCAACGCGUUCUUUUCCGGAUUUGUGAUUCUCAAGUUGCCGUUCCCCAUUACCAUCAAGUUCAAGAGCAUGCUGCAAGCAGGAGUCGCCACCAAGGAGAUGGAUCCUCGAUGGAUGUCUAGUAUCAGUUGGUACUUCCUGUGUUACUUUGGCCUUCAGUUUGUUUUCAACCUGCUCUUGGGCAACGAAGCAGCUGCCAGUCAGAUGGCUCAGCAGAUGCAGGGUAUGGGACCUCAGGCUCCCAACAUGUUUGGUCCGGGUACCGACCCCGACAAGCAGUUUCAGACGGAGGCAGAAAACUUGGCGGUCAUUGACCACUACUCGGUGCUGGACGGUGUUGAAGACAGAUUGCUUCAGGGUAUCAAGUCUAAAUAA